CAAUACCAUGGUGGAUGCAUCGAUGAUACGAGGGAAUAUUGUUGAACCUGAUAAGUGGAAUGGAGACGCGGCUGAAAAUUUAGUGAACUCGAGACAAGAGUGAACAUUGUUGUAAGAAGCAAAAGGGCAGAGGAAUAGAAAGAGAUAGAGAUAGAGAUGGCAGCAGUCGACGGGAUCCCGGCGCAAAUCGAAAAUGCAAAGUUAACAAACUUGACAAACUCGACAAACUCGGUCGGCAAACAUGACAAACAAAACAACCUCAACGGCCUUGACGACGAUGCUGUUGGCACUUUGGAUUCCUCCGAACCAGAAGAAGUGGUAGCGAUUUUGCCAAACGGCAUCACUCCAGGGCAAAAAGGUCCCGAGGUGUUGAUAUUGCCGGCAGACGAUCCAGCAACGCCAGGAAACACCGUCCACCCAUCAUAUCCUGCCUCAAACCUCGAGCUCCCCGAUCACCACAUUGACGAAGUCCGAAGUCUGCGAGUCGCCGUCAUUGGAGCUGGUCUGUCAGGAAUUCUCGCAGGGAUACUGCUACCCGCCAAAGUCCCCAACAUCCAGUUGACCAUCCUUGAGAAGAACACCGACGUGAGUGGCACAUGGCUGGAGAAUAUCUAUCCGGGAGUGCGAUGCGAUAUCCCCGCGCACGUCUAUCAAUCAACGUUCAGCCCCAACACUCAAUGGUCACAACAGUUUGCCGAAGGCCACGAAAUCCGUGACUACUGGCAAGCACAGGCACGAAAAUACGACGUGUACAAGUAUGUCAAGUUUGCGAGAAAGGUCAAAGACAUCGCUUGGGACGAUCAAAACGCCGAAUGGACCAUCACCGGGACAGAUCUGAGCAAGGAAGAACAACCGUUCGAGGAGAAGGCAGACUUUGUACUCACCGCCAUCGGCCGCUUCAACGACUGGCGGUUGCCGAACUACCCUGGGGUAAGCGAGUUCCAAGGACAUCUACGACACGCCUCGAAUUGGGACAAGAACUUCGAUCCCACUGGCAAGAGCGUGGCGAUUAUCGGCAAUGGCGCCAGUGGGAUCCAGCUCGUUCCAAACCUGCAACGAGUGGCGAAGCACAUUGACCAUUACGCCCGGAACAAGACCUGGAUCGCCGCAUCCUGGGCGGGUGACGAGCGGACCUUCGAACCGCAAUGGUAUUCUGAGGAGCAGAAGAAAGCACUCCUUGACCCGGACGAAUACCUCAAGUUCCGCAAGGAGCUUGAAGCGAAAUACUGGCGUCGCUUCGCGUCGACGUUCCGCGGCGCGCCGGAGAAUGAAGCCAUGCGACAGCGCUUCAUCGAGAUCAUGACCGAGCGAGUAUCUCGCAAACCCGAGUUGAUCAAAACGUUGGUGCCGGACUUCAAUCCAAACUGCCGGAGACUUACCCCUGGUCCCGGGUACCUGGAAGCCAUCACCGCCGACAACGUCAGUUUCAUUCAGGACCGCAUCCGCCGCUUCACCAAGACCGGCAUUGAGACGGUGACCGGAGAGCACCGCGAGGUGGAUGCUAUCAUCUGUGCCACGGGCGCUGCCAUCGACUUCAUCACCCCCUUCAGCAUUCGCGCUCACGGCAAGAACCUUCAAGAUGUUUGGCGACCUCGCCCGGCGGAAGAACUCGCCAAGAACCCCGACUAUCACGGUUGGCCGUACACCUACCUCGGCCUGGCCGUGCCAAACUUCCCGAACCUGCUCCUCAUCCAUGGGCCUCAUGGCGCAGGACCGUCCGGGACGGUUCCACACAGCGUCGAAGUGCAAUUGACGUACUUCGCCAAACUCCUGCGAAAAGUGUCGUCGCAAGGCAUCAAGACCGUUUCUCCGUCCAAGAAAGCCGCAGACGACUUCGUGGCCUACGCCGACGCCUUCUUCCCCAAGACCGUGCUCACCGACAACUGCAGCUCGUGGGCGAACGGCGGCAGCCCAGGCCAGCGCAUCCACGGCAUCUGGCCCGGCAGUGCAGGACAUGUGACGCUGGUCAGGAAAGAACCGCGCUGGGAGGAUUGGGAGUAUGAGUACUGGCACGACAGCGGAAAUCGGUUCGCAGGGUGGUUUGGCAACGGCUGGACGAAGAGGGAACGAGAAGAGGACUCGGACAUUGUGCCCUACCUGCGGAGAGAAGGCGAGGUCGAUCUCAAGAGCCUGCAUGAGGAGUGGUGGAGUUGGCCCUGAGGUGCAUAAGACAUGCUCGGCCUGCAUCAACGUCCUGUGGUUGACACGAUAGAUUUUAUGGCUGCAACUAUGGUCCCAAAAAUCCCCAAAGAUGCAGUCGUCUAUACUUCUAUACUCUAACGGCAAUCCUCCCGCCACUGACCUCCCCUUUCCUCAUACGGUCCAACGCAGCGUUGACGUUGUCAAGCCCUUCUUCCACCCCCAGAAGCCUCGGCGGCUCUAGUAGUCCCUGCUCCAGUAACUUCUCGAGCCAGAUCAUAAGUGCCUCACCGAGUUCCGGCACCUCAUGAAACAGCUUGAUCGGAACGGCGUGGAAUUUGACGGAUCCCGAAGACGUUUUCGGUAGCCCGGUCAGGCCGAUUAAAUGUGUCGACGUUCUAGGCGUCGAAGCCGAAAGUGAAAUGGAAGAGGCAGGUGGUGUCGCCGGCGGCGUAAACACGUCCUCGGACGGAAGGUUGGUCUUCUCUGCAAAUUCCGGGCCAAGAGAUUGAAGAAGGUACUCGGCUGUUUGUUUUCCCACCGUGUCGAUACCAAAACGUAGAUUGCCGUGUGCGGAUGCUCUGACUAUCUCAACAGCUCGCUGAGGAUCGUGGCUGUCAACAAUAACGUCUGGCCGUGACUGGCUCGAGGAAGAAUGUAGCCAAACGCUGUGUUUGCGCGCGUCGAGGAUGCUGAUGGUUCUCAAUCCCAUCAAUCGUGCUAACUGAUUGACAAUGAAUGCAGUUGUGCUCGAUCCGCCCCAAAUAGCCAGCCAGUCACCCGGACUUGCUCUCUCUGUCUCAUCGAUGCCGUCGAGGCAUUCGCUACGGAUGUCCUUGGCUAACCGUGAAGAGUCGAGGCUCCGUACCACUGACAGCAAGUUCGGACCGCCCAGGACGCUGUUAAAAUCAAGCCCAGCACAGAUUCCUAAUGAGAUGGCUGCAGCAACGAAUGCCACCCCUAGGACGGAUCCAGACUCGGCGGUGAGGCGAC